AUGUUUACUGAUACCCGGGGUACUAAGGUAUCAGCCUUAAUCAUUAGUGACUAUCUCGAAUUUUUUAAAAACACAUUCCAAGUAUACAAACACUAUCACAUUUCAAAUGCAAAGUUGCUACCAACAGAACCAAUAUAUCGAUUAGGUCCAUACGAGCAUUCCUCGUCACUCACCAAAAAAACCCUCGUUGAACCAGAGCCAGAGCUAACCUCUCCAACACUCCCAUGCCUAUUCAACUUUACCCCUUUCAGUGAGAUGUUUAAGUACGCAGAUGCAAAAAACAACCAAAAUGUACGUGGGGUCGUUAUUAAAUGCUUUCCAAGUCAACAAAUGAAUCAAGGAGGAAAAACAUCAUCAAAGAGAGAUGUGAUUAUUGUUAAUGAAGAGAAAAAACUUCUUCUACUAACAUUAUGGGACUCAUUCGAUGAUAAUGAAGGAAAAGCAUUAGAAGAAAUCACCCACACUGCACCAAUGAUAUUUGCAAUAAGAGUGAAGAUCACAACUUUCUAUGGGCUAUCACUGUCAACAGCUAAUGGAUCUUCAAUCCUGAUAAAUCCACCGGUCAGCGCGGAUCAACGCCUAGACAACUGGUUUCAACAAAACAGCAAAGAAAUAAACUGCUUACUUCAAAGGGAAACAUACGAAGAUACUGAUAUUCUUUUGCCGCAUCCCAAAGAAGAGGACAUACAUCCUAUAGCUAUUGCAAGCGCAAGGAUCGAAAAUGUUAGUAAGCCAAAAUGGGUUAAAGGCACUCUUAAUUUGCCACAUCAAGAUAGGAGUUUCACCCAAACAGGAUGUGCUAAUUGUUUAAAACCAGUUGAGGCAGAUGUUAGUUGGAUCAUCAAAUGCCCUGCUUGCAAAACUGAAUCAAAAGUCCGAAUCAUGUUAAGAGCAACAAUUUCUACUCCAGAUAUAGAAACCUUCAUUUCGUUUAAUCCAAAUGCAGUUAGAGAUGCCGAAGAAAAUGGAGAAGAUGUUCAUGACAAAAUUACAGCAUCAAUUCAAUCAUUAUCAGUUGUAGCAUUUGUACGAUCAAAUCAAACACAUCACAAACAAAAAACAACCACAAGAUUUGUAAUUGUUAAGGCACAUAAACUUCAACAACCAUAUACCCAAAACCAACAACAAAUCAAAACUUCAAAUCCAACUGAUCCUCAAUCAUCAACAAAACCAUCUUCCCCUAAGCAAACACAUAAACGUCACCAACCUGAAAACGAUAAAUCCAAGGAGAUAGAAACUUCUGCACCUAUUCCUUCAAGACCAACAAAAAAGAUUAAAUAG